GUCGCUCCUACAGGCACACGUCCCCUCCUAGUCUAACGUAAAUCCGCGGUGUCAAUCUUCCGUUGUGCUACUAAAUUGUUAGAAGCGGUCUACAGCCAAUACUAUUAGCCUGUGGUGGAGGCGUGCCUAUCCUCGACUGACCGAACUUUUUUUCUUUAGGGAGUUGGAGUGAGCAAAUUAAUAUACCGCUUACGUGGCUGCUAAAAGUUAUCUGAUUCAUGCAAAAAUAUGAUUGUGCAGUUUAUUUGCGCGGUUAUUACCAGAUUCUUAUUCAUCCUCGUCUCCCUAAUCGGAGUGUGGAGGGUGGUGAUGGUUAAGAAUGACGGAGUCUACUGGUUUCUAACUAUCCUCUACCUACCUUUGGUGAUUGAGAUGGUUUUAACACUUAAGCGAAGAAAGGGGAAGGAUUAUGAAUGGUUUUCUCCGGCAAUCUUUCUCUUCCUCAUCAGCAUCAUCCCAUCUCUGUGGCUCCUAGAGUUGCAUCACCAGGAGAACAAAUCCAGUGAUUAUAGGUGUGACAAACUUGAUUCAGCUGAAAGCAUCAAGGCCUUUAUAAAUAUGUGGCAAAACUCAUCAAAUGGAAGUGAACCUUUCAAGGGUUCUGUGACCCUGCUGUCGUCGGUGUGUGCCAACAAUUGGAUCCUGGCACUACACCAGAUCCUGCUGAUUCUCUUGAUCCUGGGAAAGUGGCUUCUGCCAACCGGUGUAGGCGUCACCAGAAACCAGCUUUCCCAGCUCCUCCUCAUUUUCGUGGGCACUGCCGCAGACAUCCUCGAGUUCACCAGUGAAACGCUCUCCGAUGUCAAGGAUAGCAGUCCCAAUGUGGUGUACAUCAUUCUAGGAGUGUGGACAUGGAGUAUGCUGCAGUUCCCCCUACAUAUCUCAGUGUUGAAUGCUCCCGUUGUUCAGUCAGAAGGCCAGGGUGGCUCCCUGCUCUCUCGUUUGAAAAUGGACAUCUGGAGCAUUGUGGGGAGCUUUUUCAUCCAAGAUGGCCCCUUCCUGGUCAUCAGACUCACUGUUAUAGUUUACUUCAAUGUGGUUCACCAGAUGCUCAUCUUCUUCUGCAUCAAGAAUUUCCUGGUGGUCAUACUGAACUUGUACCGUCUCUUUGUCAUCAUCUGCGACCACAAAUCCUCUAGUGAGCUCUAGGUUUGGAGGACAAAUUACAGCAUCAAAAUCACUUUACCAUCAGAUCAUGCAUUUACAAUAGAUGCAAUAGAUGUGCACAGUACCAAUCAAUAUGUUCGUGCCUCAGUGGAAUUUAGUGACAUACAAAGGACAGUGCGAUAUACUUUUUAUCCAAACAGACGUAGCAAGAAAUACAUAUUCCUGCUUUUCCCUUUCCUACUUAUGCCUCUUUGAAGGUUAUUUUUGGUUUAGUUAUCGGUAAUCUGUUGUUGGGAAUGAUAAUGACCUUAAAGCCAUGUUGACAAAAAACGUAAACAUUUGUCCUCUAGGGUAAUUUUAUGUUGUUUACUCUUCAUUUCCUGCUAAUUAUCUUGAUUGAAGUUUUUCCAUUAAGUGUUUUUUUACUCUCAAUGUCUGGUUGUUACAUUUUCUCAAGUAUAAAACCAGUGGAAGUGA